GCCGGGCCCCGGCUGGGGAUGGCGCUGGGGCUGGCGGCGGGCGCCGGCCUCUGCUUCGGGCUGCUCUGGGCCAUGCGCCGCCGCUCCAAGGAGACGACGAAGCCGCCGCGCCACGUCCAUACCAUGCCCAGAGCGCUGCUCCCGGCGGAUGCGGGCGAUGGAGCCAUGCCCAGCCCCCUGCUGAAGAGGGACGGGGAGCUGGAGCUGCUGGAGCGCCUGGACUGCAUGGUGAGGAGCAUCGUAGAGCUGAGGAAGGAGGUGGAGGAGCUGCGGAACAGCCUCCAGCACCUGGCGGUGGAGAUCGUUGGGGAAGUCAGGACCCACCUGGAAGAAACCCAGCGCGUGACUCGCCGGAGGAGGAUCCCCUUCCCCAGGGAGAGAAGUGACUCCACAGGCUCCAGCUCCAUUUAUUUCACAGCCAGCUCAGGGAAUAUCAACAUAGAUGAUGGAGAGAGUGAAGGGGGUUACACCACGGCCAACGCCGAGUCUGACUACGACCGGGAGUCGGAGCGGGAGAGCGAGGAAGGGGAGGACGACGUGAGCUGUGACACAGUGAGGGCUGUGCGCAGGGAUUCCCUGGAUCUGGUCCCUGAGGAUGAAACCCCUCUGGUCCUGGAUUCCUUGCUGGAGGAGGGGCUGGGGCAGCUCCUGGAGCAGGCUGACCGGCUGCACAGCGGGGAUGAGCAGGACAAGAGAGAGGGGUUCCAGCUGCUCCUCAACAACAAGCUGGCGGUAAAGUACGCCGGGCAGCAGGAAUUCCUGUGGCGCCUGGCGCGGGCGCACAGCGACAUGUGGGAGCUGACGGAGGACGCGGAGGAGAGGAGAUCCUACGCCAGCGGGGGGAAGGAAGAGCUGGAACUUGCCUGGCAGAAAUGGGAUCAAAGCGCUGAGUGCCACCAGUGGUUUGCCAUUCUAUGUGGGCAGGUGUCAGAAUAUGAGAGCAUUCCUAAGCGCAUCCAGGCUGGAUAUGUUUUCAAGGAACACAUUGAUAAAGCCAUUGCCCUGAAGCCACAGGACCCACAGCUCUACUAUCUCCUGGGCAGGUGGUGUUACCAGGUUGCCCACCUGGGCUGGCUGGAGAAGAGGACGGUGUCGGCGCUGUUCGAGGCGCCCCCGACGGCCACGGUGCAGGACGCGCUCCAGAACUUCCUGCGGGUCGAGGAGCUGAGCCCAGGGUUUUCCAAAGCAGGAAGAGUUUACAUUGCCAAGUGCUACAAGGACCUCGGGAACGCCUCGGCGGCGGUGCUGUGGAUGGACCUCGCUUCGGAGCUGCAAGGGAACACCAAAGAGGAUGUAGAAAGCCAGAGGGAACUUGAGGAGAUGCGCUCGGUCUGGGAGGAAUAAUUUUGGCAAAACUCAUCCCAUUGCAGAGACAGUAAAAUUCCAAAUGGAUUUCACAAUCCUGAUAAUUCCAAGUACACUUCAAGGAUAAACAGCAAGAGCUUACAGGAAAAGACCCAGCAGCACAUCCAGGAAAACAUCUUGGAAUUAAUGGGAUAAAAUCGU